AUGAGCUCCUUCAAUAUCGCCGAACAUGUCAUUGACGGACAAUACGUUCGAGAAUACCACCAUGCGACAACUACCCCAGAUGCCCCGCUGAAGCUAUGCAUCAAGCAGUAUUCCCCUAAAAAUAACCCAGAACCUCAGCCAGGAGAUGCGACGCUCAUUGCGGCCCAUGGCACCGGAUUCCCAAAGGAACUGUACGAGCCCCUCUGGGAAGAGCUCCUCGCCCGGCUCAACCAAGCCGGCACCCGCGUACGAUCCAUCUGGAUCGCAGACGCCGCCAACCAAAAUGCCAGUGGCAUCCUCAACGAGAACAACCUAGGCAGUGACCGUAAGCUCCCAAUUGGCAUCCUUCUUCCCCCUCUGCACCGCCAAUGCCAGCCCAGCCGGCUAGCUAACACCCCUCCAGCAUCAUCCUUCGACCACAGUCGCGACCUGCUCCACAUGAUCAACCACUUCCGCGAGCAAAUGCCUCGCCCACUAAUCGGCGUGGGCCACAGUCUCGGCGCCGUCCAAAUGAUCUUCACCUCACUCAUCCACCCACGCCUGUUCACCUCCCUCAUCCUCCUGGAGCCGUACAUCAUCGAGCAACUGCUCUCAGGCGACGGCUCCGCCGUGCUCGCCAUGUCCGCCAAACGCCGCGACGUCUUCCGUUCGCGCGCCGAAGCAACAGAGCAAUACCGCAAAGUGCUGAAAGCCUGGGACCCACGCGUCUUCGACCUCUGGGCCCGGUACGGCUACCGCGACCUGCCUACCGCCAUCCACCCGACAGUCCCGAAAGCCAUCGCCCACUCCACGGACCCGGCCGACGUCCCCGUCACCCUGGCCACGACCAAGCACCAGGAAACCCUGAUGUACGCACGGCUGAACCUGAACCGGCACGUCGAGCUAGGCGUGCCGGCGGGCCAGACGCAUCUGGGGCAGCAGGUCUGUCGGAGCGAGCACCUUCUUUCGUCCAAGCUGGUGCCCUUCUUGCGGCCGACGGUGCUGUAUGUCAGUGGGGCUGGGAGCCCGCUGUGUAAGGCGGGGGUGCAUGCGCGAGCAGCGAAGAGGACGGGGACGCAGUGGGGUGGGAGUGGCGGGGUGGAGUAUGAGCGUGUUGAGCAUGUCCUUGUUCCUAAGGCAGGGCAUACGCUGCCGCUGGAGAAGGUGGCGGAUACAGCUGCGGUGAUGGGGCCGUGGAUUGCCAAGGAGGUGGAGCGGUUUGGUGCGGAUGAGCAGAGGUUGCAGGAGGGCUGGGAGAAGUUGUCUCUUAAAGAAAAGCGACUCUUGGGCCGGUUUGGAGGAAGGUCAUUGACAAUCUUCCCGGGGUGA